GAAACAUCAAGCGAGAGGACACUGGCUAGGAUGGAAUGGGCCACCAGAGAGGAGGAGGAUGUACGGAGGGAAGCCACCAGAGCCAACAAGAACCAAAACGAGUACCAGGAGGCAGCGCAGAGGGAGCAGGGGCCCAAGAAAGCACCAGAGGAAUCCGAGAUGCUCUACGACACGUGCACCGACCCGAUCGAACGGCGCCCAGGAUUCCACAAACCACCGAUGGGACCGACCAGGACGGCGCGGCAAUGCCGACACCGACGAAGACGCCAGAGGACCUCGCCGGCAUCCUUGAGGACGCACCGAAGCCAAAUCACCAGCCAGGUGACGCAUCCCUACCAACGCCACCCCGUACCCCAGCCGUUUUGUGCGCCGAUCGACGAGCGGAACAGGGGGCCAUAUACCAGUGGAACCACCGAACCUCAGAGAGCAGUCGAGGUCACCCACGAACGCCCGGCCACCCGACGCACCGACUGACUCGGGGCCCCAUCGCCCCAGCACGAGAGGCCCGACAAGGCAUGGCACAUCAUGAUCUCAACGCCAGAUCACGGACAGGACGACCAGGGGAUGCCCAUCGGAGACCUCGCCCCAGCGGGCUCGUUCUGGGGAGUGGGCACCCUCGAUGCAGCCGGCGCCAGACGAGCCAGCGAAACCAGAGCAGCACGGGAUUGCCCUGCGUGGGGGCACAUGGGAGGCCUCAGGUCCCAUCGCCCCAGCACGAGAGGCCCUACAAGGCAUGGCACAUCACAGAGCCCCCGACUGCGCAGCGGAAGCCCCAGUCACAGAGCCCCCGACUGCGCAACGGAAGGGACGCUGCAAGGGCAAUGCCUAGGGCAAGCAGCACGACAUCCUGCCACGCCAAGCCUCUGCUUCGCUCUCCCGGCAGAAGGCAACGUCAACCAGGUUCGCAAGGCUUACAGGGGCUGGAGCCCGGAGGACAAGUGCAAAGACAAGUGCAUCGCGAUGCAGAAGGGCGAGAUCAUCCGCAUCAUCUGGAUCGAGCCGCCCCCAACCCGAGGGCAUGGACACCUACGGGCUACCGGGCAUGGGGCGAGCGGACAGAGGACCGCGUGGCGCACCCGGCGCACGAGCACGGCGGAGCCCUGACGCACCGCGCCCGCCACACCGAGGGAGACGACCCGAGCCGCAUGGUCGAGCACGAAGCGUAUGUCGCCAGCACCACCG